AGGUGAGGAGACGUAGCCGGGUGAGGAAGAGGGGGGCUAGCGGCCUGGCGCAGCGGCGACCGACCGGGGCGUCAGGAUUCCUGGCUCCCGGAGAGCGAAGGGCGGGCGGGUCCGGGAGGUGAGUGCGGCAUGUGGUCUGUGUGCUGACGUCGGGAGGGGCCGCUGCGGGCGGAGCGACCCAUUGCUCGGCUCGUCUAGCGCGCUCCUUGACUGCGAAGCCCCUCCCUCCGCGCGCAUCUGCUCUCGAGUCCCUAGCCCCGUGCUGAGGGGUGCAGCCUCCGGGGUCGUGGCUAGGGGCACAGGGGCCAGGGAUGGGAGGCCUGGGUCGAAGGCAUAGGCAGAAUUGGAGCCCUGGGUUGCCAAAGCGUCGCAGCUGAGAAGCCGGAGCCGAGCUCGGUGCGGUUCGGACCUACACGCCACAGCGAAAGACUUCUGUGCCCCAGGCACCUUCACUAACGCGGUGCGGAGCACUUGGCGACGUCUCCCUGCCCAUCUCAUGUCUCGGCUCAUCGCUGCUUCUGGGCACCAGCUGCCUCUUGGCUGGCGCUGCUGUCACACGGUGGACUGUUCUGGCCUUACUGAGCUGCCGUUUAGGGACAUCAGAUUCAGGUCGUAUGGGGAGAAAUGAGUGUAACUUUACAAGAUGUGAUAUGGAGACCCUGGCCUGUUGCCCAUUUCUGCCUGAUCAAAGGCCAGUAGGGCGGUAAUAAGAGGGGUUCCGAGGCAGGAUUUAUGCAACAUUUGUGCAAAAUUGUAAAUUUUCUUUGCUUUUCAUUAUUUACAUUAAAGGGGGAUUGUUGCCACAUUUCCUAAAGAUAAAGAAUCACACUGCUCUGGUGGGCCUCCCCGCUCCUCACUGUGGUUAAUUAUCAUUUGGAACAUCAGGAUGUAUUUGAAACUGGCAGGACUCCCAGACCCCGAUAAUUGUUUGGAGGCAGCAGCAUACUGUUUCUCCGUAGUGUUUGGGUUCUGCUUUUCUUUGACUUUGUUUAGUAUUUUUUUUUUUCCAUGUCUGUUAUCCUCACAAUCUCUUUGGGGCCGAUAGAGUGCUGUUAUUUGUUACCGAAAAAGGAAACGAAGGGAUAAAUCACUGAAGUGGGGUUAGCCGUCCCCAUUGCCUGGAAUUGGGUUGUCCUGACCCGACAAUUUAAGUUACAAUCCAAACAUCAUUUUGAAAAGGCCAUCCUUUUACCAACUGAAACGAAUAACAGUCCCUGGUCACUCUAUACUAGUGGUUCUCCCACUUGGCUGUAUGUUGUAAUCAUCUAGGGAUCUUUUUAAAAAAAGCUGCUUCUUGGGCCUAUUCCUACAGAUUCUGAUUUAAUUGGUUGAGUGGGGCCCAGUUGUUUGUAUUUUAAAAAGCUUCCACGAUGGUUAUUAAUGUUCAUGCAGGGUUGAGGACCACAACCUAUCAAUGUGUUCAGUAUUUAAAAAAUAGCACUUAGUACAGUGUGACUUAUAUAACAGAUUUUAUUACUUCUCCACUUGCUAUGUAACCUCCUUGAAUACGUGGGGCCCUGCUUUGGAAGAAGGGCAAGGGAAGGUCCAGAUGAAUCAGCACUUUGGGCAUGUGAGGCUGCGGGACACGAAGGAGAAAUGGAAUCUGUGGAAACAAGUCCUGCAGACUACUGCCCCUGCUUCAUCUUUUUUCAAAGAUUGACCCUAUUUGGUUAAUCCAUCAUUGUUGGGGUCCUGGCAAGAAGAAUUGUAUAAAAAUGUAAAAAGCAUUUAUGUGUGCUUCAAAUGUGGCAUGAAAAAAAUGAGGACCUCUGGUCAAAAUUGCCUGAGUUCAGAAUUUCGUGCUGGAAGGAAAGUUAGACGUAACUUCUAAUUUCUAGUUCCAGUAAGCAUCUCUUCUUGGAAAACUUCCAAAAAAGAGUCCUGCUCUGUUGCCCAGGCCAGAGUACAUUGGUGUGAUCAUGGUUCACUGCAGCCUCGACCUCCCAGGCUCAAGGAAUUCUCCUAACCCAGCCUCCUGAGUAACUGGGACUAUAGGAGUUCUUUGAAGAAAAAUGUGCUUCUUGAAUCAACUGCAGUCUCUCCUCUACAUAAGAGCUCAUAAGGGUACUAGCAGGAUAGAAGCAAAUGAAACUGAAAGCUCAUCUGCAGCUCAGAAAAACAAAGACAUGGAAUUUUAAAGAGUGAAGGUAGCAUGGUGUCGGCCAUGGGUGAACAAGACACAGCCAGACAAUGUGGACCAAUUUCUUCAAACUACGGCUUUUCUGCUGUCUGCUUGCAGUGUUGAUGGUGGUGGUGCUGGUCAUCAAUGUUACUCAGGUAGAGUACUUGGACCAUGAGACUGUUUCAGCCACAUUCAUCGACAGCAGUGGACAGUUUGUUUCCUCCCAGGUGACAGGAAUUAGCCGAAAUCCCUACUGUGGCUAUGAUCAGCAGACCCUGUCCAGCCAGGAGCGCAUGGAGGAGGACUCCUUGCUGGCUGCCUUGCACUGGCAGGUUCCUGAUGUGGGCCCAGUCCCCUUUGUGAAGAGCACUGACCCUUCUUCCAGCUACUUUGUCAUCUUGAACUCUGCUGCCUUCUUUAAGGUGGGAAGCCAGCUGGAGGUGCUGGUUCAUGUACAGGAUUUUCAAAGAAAGCCCAAGAAGUAUGGUGGAGACUACCUGCAGGCCAGAAUUCACUCCCCGAAGCUGCAGGCCGGGGCUGUGGGCAGGGUGGUGGAUUACCAGAAUGGGUUUUACAAGGUUUUCUUUACUUUGCUAUGGCCAGGCAAAGUUAAAGUGUCCGUAUCUCUGGUCCACCCCAGUGAAGGGAUCAGAGUUCUUCAGCGCUUACAGGAAGAUAAACCAGACAGGGUCUAUUUCAAGAGUCUCUUCCGUUCAGGAAGAUUUUCUGAAACUACUGAGUGCAACGUGUGUCUUCCUGGGAAUCUGCCUCUGUGUAACUUUACAGACCUCUACACUGGGGAGCCCUGGUUCUGCUUCAAACCAAAGAAGCUCCCUUGCAGCAGCAGAAUUACCCAUUUCAAAGGUGGAUACCUGAAGGGUCUCCUAACUGCUGCAGAGAGUGCUUUCUUCCAGAGUGGUGUCAAUAUCAAAAUGCCAAUCAACUCCAGUGGACCUGAUUGGGUAACUGUGAUUCCCAGGAGAAUAAAAGAAACUAGCAAUCUAGAACUAUCUCAAGGCUCAGGAACUUUUCCUUCUGGGUAUUAUUAUAAAGACCAGUGGAGGCCCAGAAAGUUUAAGAUGCGUCAGUUUAAUGACCCUGACAACAUUACAGAGUGCUUACAAAGAAAAGUGGUGCAUUUAUUUGGUGACUCAACAAUCAGGCAAUGGUUCGAAUACCUUACUACAUUUGUUCCAGAUUUAGUGGAGUUUAACUUGGGUAGUCCCAAGAAUGUGGGUCCCUUCCUUGCAGUGGACCAGAAGCACAACAUCCUGCUCAAAUACCGCUGCCAUGGUCCACCCAUCCGCUUCACGACCGUCUUUAGCAAUGAGCUCCAUUAUGUGGCGAAUGAGCUGAAUGGCAUUGUGGGAGGGAAGAACACAGUGGUUGCCAUAGCUAUAUGGUCUCACUUCAGCACCUUCCCUUUGGAAGUGUACAUCCGGCGGCUCAGGAACAUCCGUCGAGCAGUGGUUCGGCUCCUCGAUCGAAGCCCAAAGACCGUGGUGGUCAUCCGGACGGCCAACGCCCAAGAGCUGGGACCCGAAGUGAGCCUUUUCAACAGCGACUGGUACAACUUUCAGCUGGACACCAUCCUUCGGAGGAUGUUCUCAGGGGUUGGAGUAUAUCUCGUCGAUGCCUGGGAAAUGACCCUGGCCCAUUAUCUACCGCACAAGCUGCAUCCAGAUGAAGUUAUUGUGAAGAACCAGCUGGACAUGUUCUUGUCCUUUGUGUGCCCCUUGGAGACCUAGCCUGUCUUGGAAGGGACUAGAGGAAUCAUAUUCAAUGACCUUCUCAAUUGACCUGAGUUACAGAAAGUGGCCCCAGGGAGAGAUGACUGCCAUUAAUAAGUAUAAAAUUUCAAAAAGAUCUGGACUUAAUAUGAUGACUUAUAAGGAGCUUAGAAAAUGCAGGUUACAUUUAUAUCUACCUAUAGGAUUUUAUCCAAUCUUGACUUAGCCAUGGUAGAACUCUUAACAGCAUCUACACAUCAUAUUGCUCUUGUAACCAAAGACGCUAAUGAGUGUAUUUGAAUUAGCUUCUCCUGGGAGGGGUGACUACUUUGCUAAAGAGUAUGAAAAAUAUUCUGAUGGAAGGGACAAGUUUGGUUGGUAGUAGAGUGUUUGUAGCUUAUCUGGUAAAGGAAAUUGAGUGCAUCUGCAUGCAUAGCACAAGUAGUUCAUCUUCUGGUGGUUAACUAGAGAAAGCUUAUAGUCAGAGGCUCUUGUGAAUGCACUGAAGACUGCUGUGUCUCAGGAGUUUCUCUUGAUGAUCUACCUUUUCUGAAUUACUUGAAAAGGCCAAUGUGCUUGGUUUGAGUUUUUUAGUGAGAAUAUUUACAAUUUCCUGCUUUUAUCUAGAAAAGAAGCAAAAGGGAAAUAUGAAAGCAGUAUAUAUAAAAUCUGUGCUUUGGAAUUGAUAUUUGCAUUUGGUGAUUGUUUUUUAUUUGAUUGAGCUAAAUUUUAUGUGUUGAAUACUUACUCUAGAAUAACUACUUUUGGAACUGGAAGGGGGAAAUCUGUAAAUGGAAAUUUAUUUUUAUGUUCUGAAAUUUGAGGGUUUAAGAAUUGACUUUUGUGUAAAGAAUGCUGUUGUAUUAUAAAGCUAUGGAAGUUUUUCCCACUAGUUUCAGGUGUUUUUUGUUGUUGUUGUUAUUUUGAACUACUUACCAAAAUUAGAAGUUAAAAUCUAAUUAGAAAUUAAUAAGAUAUUAAAAUUCAUGACAGGU